AUGCCGCCCACGCCGUCGCCCUUCACCACCACGCUUGUCUCGGUCAUCGUUGUGUUCCUCGGCCUGGCCACCGUCGCAUUGGGGCUGCGCAUCUACUGCGCGCGCAAGUCGACGCGCGACAAGUGGUUCACCAUGGACAUGGCGCUCAUCAUUGCCUCGCUCAUUGUCACCUACGGCUGCAUAUUAACCACCAUCAUCGGAGCGGCAGAGCUGGGGCUCGACUACACCAACAACAAGAUGGAUCCGGUGCGGGGAGCGCAAUUUCUCUUCAAAAUUUACUUUUCCGACGUCAUCACCACAACCAUCGCGAGCGGGCUUUGCAAGAUUUCGAUUCUGGAGUUUUACAAGCGCCUCUUCAUUUGGAACCCCUUUGCGACGGUGUGCAACGUGGGCAUCUUCCUCGUUUCGUCCUGGAUGAUUGGAACAUUCUUCACCCAGCUCUUCAGCACGAGCCCUAUUUCGUCCGCCUGGCACCCGGAUCGCCAGCUUAUCGAUGCCAACUACGACUACCCCACUGCACUCCUGGCCAUCUUCGGCAUCGGUAUCGUCCUGGAUUUCCUGGUCCUCUGCCUGCCUCUGAAGCCCAUCUGGUCGCUGAAGCUCUCGUUGGCCAACAAGAUCAAAGUCUCCAUGAUCCUCUGGCUCGGCGCCUUCUGCGUUGUCGCCGCGUCCGUCCGCUUCUACUACUCGUACCGCCAGCUGGCCGCCGUCUUCGUCGCCACGGCGCAGGAAAAGGGCACCAUCACCGUCCAGGCCUCGCUGUGGUCCAAGAUCGAGCCUAGCGCCUCCAUCAUCGCCGCCUGCCUGCCCACCUACGGCCCGCUGUUCGCCAACCGCGGCAUGCCCUCUAUGAUCCGCUCCACCCUCAGCUUCUUCUCCAUCAGCAGCCGCACCCAGGGUUCCUCCAACUUCAGCAAGAAUGUCAUCAAUAGCGACACCCCUAGCGACAAGAACGGCAGGUGGCACGAGCUUACGCCGAGCAACAAGACGGACAUCGAGACUUCUUCGACGCAGAGCCUGACACGGCCCGAGGUCGGAUACAUCCGCGCGACCUCGGAGAUAAAACAAACGCACCAGACCACGAUUAAUACGCGGGAGAGCUUUUAG